AUGACCGGGCUCAAACUGGAGGAUCCGACUGUUGAUGUGGCCGACAUUGAGAAAUACCGUUUGGCGUUUCUCAUGCAGUUCUUUGUGCAGCACAAACCCCGCUUCCGGUUCCCAAGACUUCGUUUGCAGGAUCUUUAUCAACGUGUAAUCAAAGAUCCGGAACCCACAGCAUUUUGCGAUCUUGUGGCCCGCAUCCUCCGUUUCCUCAGUCAUGGAGAUCCAGAAAUCUCAAUUGACCACGUGGAUCAGGCUUUGGAUCGAUUCACUGUGGAUAAGCGCACCUCAUAUCGAAUUCAAAUGCAGCGACAUCGGAACGGCAAACCGGUGCAUCAGCUCAGUGCCGAGGCUCGGGCUGCACUUUUAGACAAUUUGAUUGAGUCUGUAUACGAUGAGCAGCCGGAUUUCAAUUUCACCACCACCGGAUUCAAUACUAGCGGACUACCCAAUGGAGUACGUUCUUCAAACGGGGCUGCCGGGGAUGCAGUUGGUGCGAACGAUUCAGAUAACAGUGGCCUAUUCGGAACCGGUGGUGGAAAUUCCAGUUCUGGUGGUCUGGGGCUUGGGGAUGGUGCAGGGGGCACCGGAGAUUUUAAUGAACAGGAAGAUGUGAAUGUCCUAAUUAAAGCCGGCCAGGAUGCGCAAGGUUGUAGUUACUAUUAUAUGGAUGAUUUACGGCUAUAUCGUGAACGACCCCAAAGCGGCAUUUCCUCUCAAUGGGAUGUGGCUGUCGGACCAACUGCCGCUCAAUGGCAGGCCUUCAUCUCCUCGUUGAGUCGCAACGAGAAAGAAUACGAUUUAUAUUAUUUCCUACAACACGAAUUAUUCGAGCUGGUCAAGGAGAGUCUGGAUGUGUACGAAUUGCAUGCGGUCAAUGGCGAAUUGGAUACGAGUUACUUGCGUGCCAAGGAGGCCAGUGAAUUGACUGAAUUAAGGCGUCUCAAAGGAUUGAGUUCAGCUAAAUCCAACGGUCCCAAUACUGACGAGUCAAAAUUCCCACUGACAACGGUCACUAGUUUGGGCUCUAAUGGACCAAAAAGCGCUUCACCCGCGUUCUCCGGUGGUCACGGAGCUUGCGGGAUCGGUAGUGCCGGUAGUUCAGCUUCUGGUGCUCCACUUACCCCCAGUUCUGCACGAACCCCUACCUCCGCUCCCCCGGCCACAGCUCUUUUACCCAACGGUUAUCCGACUCCGUCUAGCACAGGACCAUCCGCUGCAUUGACCGUGGAUGCAACCGAAACACAUGGAUUGGGCAAAAAUGAUCAAAAUGUAUUCACAACCCGUGCAUCCGGCUCAAAUGUAACAAAUGUUCAACCAGCCUGGUCAUCGGAUGCGCGUACUCCGGGUAAAGCGCGAAUUUUCGGUCAGGCAAACGGGGAUGUCACACCGACUGCGUCAGGACCUGUGGCUAAUAAUCUAAUUAAACUCGAAGACGUUCCCAGUGAAACACGAUCUCCGGCUACGGGAUUAGACUCCAGUUCGACCGCUGCACCUACCGCGACCGAGUCCCUCACGAUCCCGAUCCAAACACAAACCGUGCUAUCGGCAACCAAGCCAUCCGCUUCCCCUGGGGUGGAUAGUCAGUCGUUGGGUGCAGGGUCGACAAUGGAUUCCACUGCCAUUAUUCCAACAGAAUCGAGCUGUUUAGAACCAAGUCAUAUGGAACGAGAACUAGCCGCUGUGGUUAGUUCGGAUCCACACGAAAAACCAUCACCCGCUACUGCGGAUGUGAUGGCUUCAUGGGCUCCUUCAAAUAAUCGAGGUGCAAUCGGUCCGUCUCCCCUGCCAGGCACACCUCAACGCGCUGGUGGUCAAACCUCAGGUACUUGUUUAUUGAUAGACUUGAGAAUGUAA